AUAAAAGAAACAUAACAGAAUAUGUAUGCUGUAGUCUCUAAAGAUGCAAACAAAAUCAGUUGACUAGUCAGGUCAACUCUCUCACAAAUAUCACCUUCCACGAAACGAACCCUUAUUCUUUCCACUUAAAUUACACACACCAUUCAAUUCUAUUCAAUUCCAUUCAUGCCUUUUUUUGCUUUCCCUCAAUCAUUUCACACUUUCUCUUUGCUUUUAUGGAUCACGUCACCGAAGCCCUCCUGGCUGCCAUCGGCAGCUUCAUCAUCGUCACAUUCAUAUUCGCCGCCAUCAUACUCGUCUGUCAGCACCGCAAAAUCACCCAAUCCCGCCGCAAUAACCAGAUCCGAACCCGACCACUUCGAAACCCAAAUCACUACCCUACCAGCUCAAACUCCCUCCCAGUUGACGCCAGCUGGUCCGAAGACCCCAAUCUCAAGAUCUCCAUGGAAGAACUCUCCCGCGCCACCAAUGACUUUUCCCCCGACCACAUCGUCGGUGACGGCAGCUUCGGUCUCGUCUACAAAGCUCGUCUCUCCAACGGUGCCGUCGUCGCCGUGAAAAAACUAUCCGCCGACGCCUUCCAAGGCUUCCGCGAAUUCGCGGCGGAGAUGGAAACCCUAAGCAAGCUUCGUCAUCAAAACAUCGUCAAGAUCCGCGGUUACUGGGCCUCAGGAGCUGAACGGUUACUCGUUUACGAGUUCAUCGAAAAAGGAAACCUAGAUCAAUGGCUUCACGAACCUUCUCCCCCUACUCCCCCAAACAACGACGUUUCAUCUUCAACAGAUCUAAUUCGUUCUCCUUUGUCCUGGGAAACAAGAGUCAACAUCAUGCGUGGUGUGGCCCAUGGGCUUUGCUAUUUACAUGGGCUAGAAAAGCCCAUUAUUCAUCGUGACAUCAAAGCAAGCAAUGUGUUGUUGGACUCUGAUUUCCAGGCCUAUAUAGCUGAUUUCGGGCUCGCACGUAGGAUGGAUAAAUCACAUUCGCACGUGUCAACGCAGGUGGCGGGUACUACAGGUUACAUGCCUCCAGAGUAUUGGCAAGGGUCUAAUGUAGCAUAUCCGAAAGUGGAUGUGUAUAGUUUUGGAGUGUUGAUGAUUGAAACUAUGGCGGGCCACAGGCCCAAUUUAUCUAUCAAAUUGGAAGGAACAGAUAUUGGGCUUGUUAAUUGGGCCAGGAAGAUGAAGGAAAGGAACACUGAAAUGGAGAUGCUGGACGUAAAUAUUCCAAGAGAAGAAGAAAAUUUGAAGGAGGAGAGUGUUAAAGAGUAUGUACACAUUGCUUGUAUGUGCACUAAUGAUUUACAGAAAGAUAGGCCCCAAAUGGCAGAGGUUGUCAAAUUAUUGGAUUCAAUGCCCUUAUAAACAAUCCAAUCCUACUUGCCAUAGUAUGAAGCAUGUUUUAUUUGAGAAUUGAUCAUCAUAUUCAUGUAAAUAGAUACCUACAAUCAGGCCAAACAAAUACUAUGGCAAAUAGGUUGGAUUGAUGUAGUUAAAUUGUAUUGCUACAAAAUUAAUUAGAUUAGUUUUGAUUUGGUUGAUAAA